AUGAAUACCUGGGGUGUCAUUAUCUCCUUCGGCGUUUUCCAAAGCUAUUACAUCUCGACCCUGCACCGAUCACGGUCCGAUAUCUCCUGGAUAGGCUCUAUCGCUGUUUUCCUCCUGUUCUUCAUGGGCAUUAUCAGUGGUCGUCUCACAGACGCCGGCUAUUUCCACAGUACCACGAUUCUUGGGGCGACUCUUGUUGUUUUCGGGACAUUCAUGACUUCCCUUAGCAGCAGUUAUUGGCAGGUCCUCCUCGCCCAAGGAGUAUGCACUGGUCUUGGCAAUGGGACGCUCCUUACUCCGAUGAUGACCCUUAUCACAACCUACUUUCGAAGACGGCUUCCACUGGUCAUGGGAAUAGCAGCAUGUGGGAGUACGACUGGUGGUCUUAUUUACCCUAGUAUGGCGAGAUCAUUGCUUCCAACUAUUGGAUUUGGGUGGACAAUGCGGGCGAUCGGCUUUAUACAAUUGGGGACGUUUGUCGCUGCCUUGGCGUGUGGGAAACCUAGACCAGCGUCUAGACGAUCAGCUCCCAUUGUGGACUGGUCUGUCUUCCGAGAGGCCGAGUUUACGUUGUACCUUAUUGGUGCCUUCCUGUCCUUCUUAGGUGUUUUCUUCCCGUUCUUCUUUCUCAGCUCCUACGCCCGAGAAAAGCAAGGACUUUCAUACACCGACUCAUUGAACCUCACACUCGUUCUGAAUGGCAUCGGCUUCGUAGCAAGACUACUCCCAAGCUUCAUAGCUCGUCUGUCUGUGGGUGGUGUUCAGUCUCUCUUCCUUGCCGUGGUUACCGUUAUCAACUCAGAUGCGUCCAAGAUUGGGGCACGACUGGGCAUCAUCUCAGCGGCUGUGGGUAUUGGAGCUUUACUUGGGUCACCGGUUUCAGGCGUCAUUAUUUCUGCAGGUGGCGGCUCCUAUACUGGGGCUCAAGUCUUUUCAGGUAGCGCUCUGGUUGUUGGAGGCAUGUUUGUGUUGGCGUCGCGAGAGGUCAAAAGACGACAGAAACACGCGGACUUCUGGAUGAAACUAGUCCGUCGUCUCUCACUGUGA